AUGCCUAUUGAAUUAUACUACUCGGCCCUAAGUGCCCCAUGUAGGUCGGUGCUGAUGGCCUUUAAGCAACUUAACCUGGAUGUUAAUAUUAAGUUAAUUGAUCUUGGUAAGGGUGAGCAAUUUAGCGAGGAAUAUUUAAAACUCAACCCAAACCACAAAGUGCCAACUAUAGUGGAUGAUGAUCUGGUACUCUGGGAAAGUAGGGCUAUAAUGCAAUACCUGUGCAACAAAUACGCCCCCAAUAGUAGUCUAUAUCCGUCAAACCCAAAGGACAGAGCACUGGUAGAUCGUUGGCUGUACACUGAUAUGCCUUAUUUUGCUGCUAACAUAGAUGUUUUGGUAAAUACAGCUCUUUUGGGUACAAAGCCGACUGACCAACAGAUGGAGACGUAUCGGAAAACUCUGAAACUAAUCGACACAUUAAUCGGUGGCAAUAAGUACGUUGCCGGUGGGGGUAACCUGACAAUCGCUGACCUGUCCCUAACCGGUGUUACCUCGAUGUUAGCUAUCAAUGAAUAUAAAGACCUGGAUGAAUAUCCAAAUUUAAAGACUUGGUAUAAUGGCAUGCAAUUAGAGUUGUCAUACUUCCAGGAUGUUAACGGCAUGGUGUAUGAAUUGUACAAGCAAAAUGCUAAUAAAUUCAAAUCUAUAUAA